CACCCACACCCUAGCCAAAAAUACUGCCAUAAUUUCAUAAUUAAUAUAUAAAGGACAAUGUGUAUGUGUUCGAUGAUACUCCGUCUUUCAGCCUGAAUAUAUUCACAUAGUUCUUUUAGGAUGGUUUGGCACUGGUAGUAUGAAUAAUGCACGAAAUGACCACACAGCAUCUGUAUUAAGAAACGGACAAGUAUUAGUUACUGGUGGAUCUAAUUAUAGUUUAUACCUAAAUAGUACCGAACUGUAUGAUCCAUCAAUAGGAACUUGGACAAUGACUGGUAAUAUGAAUUAUAGUCGAGCAGUGCACACAGCAUCCGUAUUAUCAGAUGGAAAAGUAUUAGUUACUGGUGGAUAUGAUGGUAGCUCCUAUCUAAAUAGUGCUGAGCUGUAUGAUCCAUCCACAGGAUUUUGGACAACGACUGGUAUUGUUGGUGGAUGGGAUGGAAGCUCUUUUCUAAAUAGUGCUGAGUUGUAUGAUCCAUCAACAGGACUUUGGACAACAACUGGUGGUAUGAAUAGUGCCCGGAAUGUGCAUACAACAUCGGUAUUAACAAAUGGAGACGUGCUAGCUACUGGUGGAUUUAUCUAUUUUCCUCUGAGUACUUCAGAAUUGUAUUAA